GCCCCCCGGCCCGCGAGCCGCCCCCCCACCCUCGUCGGCCGGGCAGGAAGUGACAAGGCCCCGAGCGAGCCCCGAGGCCUGGCCCAGCCGGGCGGGGCGGGGAGCGGCGGCCGCUCCGGGCACCUCCCACCCCGCCCCUCCAGGAAGGGGAGGAGGCGAGGGGAGCCCGCCGCCGACGAGGCCCGAGCGAGCCCCCCGCCCCAGCCUGGCGGCGACUCGGCUCGCGGAGGGGAGGGGUUGGUGGCGGUGGUGGCGGCGGUGGUGGACGGCGCGCGGCCCAUGAGGUGGACGCCCCCUCGGGAGGACGCGGGUGCCGCGAGCCAGGCGCGAAGGUCUUGAGUCCGAGCACCACCCUUGGGCACUCUGGGACGCUGUCAUGGAGACUGAGAGCGAGCAGAACUCCAACUCCACCAAUGGCAGUUCCAGCUCUGGGGGCAGCUCACGGCCCCAGAUAGCUCAGAUGUCCCUGUACGAGCGACAGGCAGUGCAGGCUCUGCAGGCAUUACAGCGGCAGCCCAAUGCAGCUCAGUACUUCCACCAGUUCAUGCUGCAGCAGCAGCUCAGCAAUGCCCAGCUGCACAGCCUGGCUGCCGUCCAGCAGGCCACCAUUGCUGCCAGUCGGCAGGCGAGCUCCCCAAAUACCAGCACUGCCCAGCAGCAGGCCACCACCUCACAGGCCUCCAUCAACCUGGCCACUACGUCGGCCGCACAGCUCAUCAGCCGGUCCCAGAGUGUGAGCUCUCCCAGUGCCACCACCUUGACCCAGUCUGUGUUACUGGGGAACACCACCUCCCCACCCCUCAACCAGUCCCAGGCCCAGAUGUACCUACGGCCACAGCUGGGAAACCUGUUGCAGGUAAACCGGACCCUGGGCCGGAAUGUGCCUCUAGCCUCCCAACUCAUCCUGAUGCCUAAUGGGGCGGUGGCUGCAGUCCAGCAGGAGGUACCAUCUGCUCAGUCUCCUGGAGUCCAUGCAGAUGCUGAUCAGGUUCAGAACUUGGCAGUGAGGAACCAACAGGCCUCAGCUCAAGGAUCCCAAAUGCCAGGCUCCACUCAGAAGGCCAUUCCUCCUGGAGCCUCCCCUGUCUCUAGCCUCUCUCAGGCCUCUAACCAGGCCUUAGCUGUGGCACAGGCCUCCUCCGGGACCUCAGGCCAGUCCCUCAACCUUAGUCAAGCUGGUGGAGGCAGUGGAAAUAGCAUGCCAGGGUCCCUGGGGCCAGGGGGAGGUGGCCAGGCCCCUGCAGGUUUGGGUCAGUUGUCGUCCUCAGGGAUGGGCGGUGGAAGCUGUCCCAGGAAGGGCACUGGAGUGGUGCAGCCCUUGCCUGCAGCCCAAACAGUGACUGUGAGCCAAGGCAGCCAGACUGAGGCCGACAGUGCAGCGGCCAAGAAGGCAGAAGCAGAUGGGAGUGGUCAGCAGAACGUAGGCAUGAACCUGACACGGACAGCCACACCUGCCCCCAGCCAGACACUUAUUAGUUCAGCCACGUACACGCAGAUCCAGCCCCAUUCACUGAUUCAGCAACAGCAGCAGAUCCACCUGCAGCAGAAACAGGUGGUGAUCCAGCAGCAGAUUGCCAUCCACCACCAGCAGCAGUUCCAGCAUCGGCAGUCUCAGCUCCUUCACACGGCUACACACCUCCAGCUGGCCCAGCAGCAGCAGCAACAGCAGCAGCAGCAGCAAACUACAACCCUCCCUGCCCCCCAGCCACCACAGGUCCCACCUACUCAGCAGGUCCCCCCUUCUCAGUCCCAGCAGCAAGCCCAAACCCUUGUCGUUCAACCCAUGCUUCAGUCUUCAGCCCUGUCCCUGCCACCUGACCCAGCUGCCAAGCCACCCAUUCCCAUCCAGUCCAAACCACCUGCAGCGCCCAUCAAACCUCCUCAGUUGGGGGCUGCCAAAAUGUCAGCUGCCCAGCAACCACCCCCCCAUAUCCCUGUGCAAGUGGUGGGCACCCGGCAGCCAGGUACAGCCCAGGCACAGGCUUUGGGGUUGGCACAACUGGCAGCCACUGUACCCACUUCGCGGGGAAUGCCAGGUGCAAUGCAGCCUGGUCAAGCCCAUUUGGCCUCCUCACCACCUUCCUCCCAGGCUCCUGGCGCCCUGCAGGAGUGCUCUCCUACACUGGCCCCUGGGGUGACCCUUGCUCCUGUGCAAGGGACAACGCAUGUGGGAAAGGGUGGAGCUUCCACCUCCUCGCCUGUCAUGGCCCAGGUCCCUGCCGCCUUCUACAUGCAGUCUGUGCACCUGUCGGGUAAACCUCAGACAUUGUCUGUUAAGCGCAAGGCCGAGUCUGAGGAGGACCGAGACGAUGUCUCCACAUUGGGUUUGGGGCUUCCACCCAAGGCGUCUCCUGCAGCAGAGAGCCCGCAGGUCCUGGAAGAGAAGAGCAGUCUUGGAGAGAAAGCUGAACCAGUGGCCAGUGUGAAUACUAACACCCCAAGCAGUGAACUCUUAGCCUUGACCCCUGCCCCGUCAGCUCCACCUCCUACGCUAGCCAUGGUCUCCAGACAGAUGGGUGACUCGAAACCCCCACAGGCCAUUGUGAAGCCCCAGAUUCUCACCCACAUCAUUGAAGGCUUUGUCAUCCAGGAAGGAGCAGAACCUUUCCCGGUGGGUUGUUCUCAGUUACUGAAGGAGUCUGAGAAGCCACUGCAGACUGGCCUCCCAACAGGACUCAGUGAGACUCCUUCAAGUGACCCCUUGGGAGGGGACAGCCCGUCUGCUGAGCUGGAUAAGAAGACGAGUCUCCUCAAGUGCGAGUACUGCGGGAAGUACGCCCCUGCUGAGCAGUUUCGUGGCUCCAAGAGGUUCUGCUCCGUGACUUGCGCUAAGAGGUACAACGUGAGCUGUAGCCACCAGUUCCGGUUGAAGAGGAAAAAGAUGAAGGAGUUUCAAGAAGCCAACUAUGCUCGUGUUCGCAGGCGUGGACCCCGUCGCAGCUCCUCAGACAUCGCCCGGGCCAAGAUCCAGGGCAAGCGCCACCGGGGUCAAGAGGACUCUAGCCGGGGGUCAGAUAAUUCCAGUUACGAUGAAGCACUCUCUCCAACAUCUCCUGGGCCGUUAUCUGUACGAGCUGGGCACGGAGAGCGUGACCUGGGGAACCCCAUCACAGCUCCACCUACACCAGAAUUACAUGGCAUCAACCCUGUGUUCCUGUCCAGCAAUCCUAGCCGUUGGAGUGUAGAAGAGGUGUAUGAAUUUAUCGCUUCUCUCCAAGGGUGCCAAGAGAUUGCAGAGGAGUUUCGCUCCCAAGAGAUUGAUGGACAGGCCCUUUUAUUACUAAAGGAAGAGCAUCUUAUGAGUGCCAUGAACAUCAAGUUGGGCCCUGCCCUCAAGAUCUGCGCCAAGAUCAACGUCCUUAAGGAGACCUAAGAUGACUCUUGCACAAGUGGGCCCAAGGCAGACGCUCCCUUCUGUGUGGGCUGUAGUCUGGUGCCAACAGAGACUGCAGGGAGGACCGCUCAGAUCACCUAACCUUCUGAGGGGACUGUCGGGACAGGGAAGAAGAAAUGUGAGGAUUUGUUGCUGGUGCUACAUGUGGCAGCUCUGACAUUUUCUCUGGGUUCUGCUUUACUUUUGAACCUCAUUUCACAAUGCUCGCCAUUCUCUGCCUGCAGAGGCGGUCUAGAGAAAGAACUAGGGCUGCUCAGAGCAUCAAGAAAGGGUCUCGGUUCUCCGGAGUGGCAGUAUAUAGGCUGUGCUGAGGCAAGGGAUGGGAGGAGCACAGAUUUGCCUCCCCAAGGGGAGAGGUAGGGUGGCCCGUCCCGUCUUCCCUCUGGAUUGUCCCCCUUGUGACCACUCCCUUAGUGUUAUUACUUCCUGCAUCCCGCAGGGGCACCAGUCCGCGGAGAUCUGGUUGGCAUCAUUCAGAUUUGCUGCAGGGACUCCCAAGUGUAUGAC